GCUGAGGCUGCAGGGUGCAUGAGUCAGUCGUAGUUAUACAAAAGUAAAUAAAUAAAUAAAAACGCAUAAUAACAACUAUCCAAACGCGGGUAUUUAGGCGACACGGUGAUGUAGUGUCAUGUAGGUUGUAGUGUCCUGACAGGUUUUACCUGUACCUCAGUGACAGGAAUGCGCGCGCGCUCAGUCGGUUUCACCUCAGCUCACAGCCGAGACCCGCUUAACAGGAUCGGGGUCAUUUUUAAAAAAAACCCAUGUAUCUUUUUCCACCUUUACAUAAAACUACCUGAAACACACACACACACACACACACACACAGAAACAGCUAAUGAAGGUGAUGGACACGUUCCUGAAAGGCAUCUUGUCCUACGAGAAAAUGGCAGGUGUGUUUUCUUACGAGAGUUCUGAAGUGGACUGGUGUGAAGACAACUACAAGCACUCUGAGAAUGUUGUGGAGUACUUCAACACAAUGAGCAGCUUCAUCUUCUUCGUGGUGGCUCCUAUAAUGCUCUACCUGCUGCACCCCUAUGCUAAGGAGAGGAACUUGGCCGUGCACCUGGUGUGGCUCAUGAUGAUCUUCGUGGGUCUGUUCUCCAUGUACUUCCACAUGACCCUCAGCUUCAUGGGGCAGAUGCUGGAUGAACUCUCCAUCCUCUGGGUUUUGGCCAUCGGCUACUCCCUCUGGUUUCCACGCAAGCAUUUUCCUAACUUUGUUAAAGACAGGACAUCGUUCUCUCGCAUGGUCAUGGUGAGCACCGUCAUCACCACGCUGCUGUCGUUUGUCAAGCCCACAGUCAACGCCUAUGCCCUCAACUUCUUCGCCCUGCACAUCCUCUACUCUGUGUGUGUGGAGUUAAAGAGCUGUACAGACCAGCGGGUGCUGCGUUUAGCCCGUGCCACCAUCGGCCUCUGGGUGCUCGCCAUCACCUGCUGGAUCAGUGACCGCUUCGGCUGCAGCUUCUGGCAAAAGCUCAACUUCUGCUACCUCCACGGCAUCUGGCACAUCCUGAUCGUGGUUGUGACGGCGUAUGGCAGCACGCUCAUCGCCUACCUGGACGCCAGCCUGGAGAUCCCCUACUCUCACCCUGGCCUGCAGUACUGGCCGCGAGAUAACUGGGCUCUCGGGCUGCCCUACAUCGUCCUCAAGGCCACGCCCAAGAUGCAGAAGAGUUGCUAGUCCAGAGACAUGAGUAAGAAGAAAAGAAAAGAAAAGAAAAGAAAAGGACAGUGGAGAAUGAAGGAGGGUGUUUUGUUUUUUUCUGCCUCACUGAAACACUGGAAAUCCUGUACCACUUGAUGUUCAUGAUGUUUUUUUGAUGUACCAGUACAGUUCAGGUGUGUGUGUGUGUGUGAGAGAGAGAGAGAGAGAGAGAGAGAGAGAGAAUCUAUGUGUGGGAGUGUGUGUGAGUGUGUAUGUUUGUGUGUGUGUACUCGGAUAAGAAUGUGUUAUUAUAUGUGUGUGCGAGUGUAAAUGUGUUUGUGUACAUUUAUGAUGGUAGGCAUGUGUGUGAUUGAAUAUGUGUGUGUGUGUGUGUGUGUGUCUACUAAUAAAAAUGUGUUAUUAUAUGUGUCUGUGAGUGAAAAUGUGUUUGUGAUGGGUUGUGUGUGUGUGUUUCCGGAUAAUAAUGUAUUACUAUGUGUGUGUGUGUGUGUGUCUUUUGAUCUGAAUUUGUUAUUAUAUGUGUGUGUGUGAGUGAAAAUGUGUUUGUAUGCAUUUAUGAUGUGUGUGUGCGUUUGUCAUGGUGUGUGUGUGUGUGCAUGUGUGUCUCUGCAUAGAAUACAAAUGAUAAGAAUGUUAUUAUGUGUGUGUGUGCAUGCGUGAGUGAAAAUGUGUUUGUGAUUGUGUGUGUGUGUGUGUGUGUGUGUUUCCAGAUAAGAAUGUGUUAUUAUAUGUGUACGUGAGUAAAAAUGUGUUUGUGUGUGUGUGAGAUUGUGUGUGUGUCUCCGGAUAAGAAUGUGUUAUUAUAUGUGUAUGUGAGUAAAAAUGUGUUUGUGUGUGUGUGAGAUUGUGUGUGUGUCUCCGGAUAAGAAUGUGUUAUUAUAUGUGUAUGUGAGUAAAAAUGUGUUUGUGUGCGUUUGUGAUGGUGUGUGUGUGUGAGUGAAAAUGUGUGUGCGUGUGUAUGUGUGUGUGUGUGUGUGAGAUUGUGUGUGUGUCUCCGGAUAAGAAUGUGUUAUUAUAUGUGUAUGUGAGUAAAAAUGUGUUUGUGUGCGUUUGUGAUGGUGUGUGUGUGUGAGUGAAAAUGUGUGUGCGUGUGUAUGUGUGUGUGUGUGUGUGAGAUUGUGUGUGUGUGUCUCCGGAUAAGAAUGUGUUAUUAUAUGUGUGCGUGAGUGAAAAUGUGUGUGUGGGAUUGUGUGUGUGUCUCCGGAUACAAAUGUGUUAUUAUGUGUGUGUGUGAGUGAAAAUGUGUGUGUGUGUGUGUGUGUGUGUGUGUGUGUCCAGAUACGAAUGCGUUAUUAUGUGUGUGUGAAUAAAAAUAUGUUUGUGUGUGUUUGUGAUGGUGUGUAUGUGUGAGGGAAAAUGUGUGUGUGUGUAUGUGAGAGAGAGAGAGAGAGAGAGAGAGAAUGUGUGUGAUUACACUACUUGUUUGUGGACUGUGUGUGUGUGUGAGAGAGUGAGCGAGUGAGAUAAAACUACUUGACCCACCAUGCCAUGUCUGACCAUGUGAGUGUAUAUUUGUGGGAUUUUUGUGUGUGUGUGUGUGUGUGUGUGUGUGU